AGUUGCGCUCUGCAGCCGCCAAGAGUGCGCCGAUCGCGCUCAUUACACAGCUGCGUAGCGAAGCAGCAUAAUAAUAAUAACAAUCCGAACGAUUCGACUCCGAAAGACUUACUCAUACACACGUUUAUACGUCAGCAAUGGGUUUUCUGUAUGCACUUAGCGCAUAGUAGAGUGUACGCUCCAUAGGCGUAUAUGCAUGAUAUAUAUGUAAUAUAGCAUACAUUAAGUGUACAUAAGACGGUUGUGUGUGAUUCAUAAGUGUGCGCCUGGCGAUGCUGAUGGUGCUACGGCCGAGUACUACUACUGCUGCUUCCUGCUGUUGUUGUUAGCCUGCUGCCCUGUUGAUUCAUAUUCAUUUACUCGAUUUCUUUUUAACAUACAUCCAGGAUCAUGGUCGAUCGACUUGUAAACAGUGAGGCAAAUGCCAGGAGAAUUGCCAUGGUGGAGAGCUGCUUUGGCAGUGCUGGUCAGCCUCUCGCUGUGUCAGGAAGAGUCCUUGUUGGAGAAGGAGUUUUGACAAAAAUGUGCAGAAAAAAACCUAAGGCUAGGCAGUUUUUCCUCUUUAAUGAUAUACUGGUGUAUGGCAAUAUUGUCAUUAACAAAAAAAAGUACAAUAAGCAACACAUUAUUCCAUUAGAGCAAGUUAAACUUGAGUCAUUAGCUGAUGAUGGACAAUAUAGAAAUGGAUGGCUCAUCAAAACAGUCACUAAGUCUUUUGCUGUAUAUGCAGCAACGGCUACAGAGAAACAAGAGUGGAUGGCACACAUUACAAAGUGUAUUGAAGACUUACUGAGAAAAAGUGGCAAAAAACCAGUGGAAGUACAUGCAGCAGUUUGGGUACCAGAUAAUGAUGCAACAAUCUGCAUGCAUUGCAAAAAGACUCAAUUUACAGUUUUAAACAGAAGGCACCACUGCAGACAAUGUGGAGCUGUAGUUUGUGGCCCUUGCAGUAAUAAAAAAAUGAUAUUACCUGGACAAGGCAAUGGAAAAGCUGUGAGAGUAUGCUUACAAUGUUUUGAUGCUGCUAGCAAAGUAAAAGCUGGUACAAGAUCACUGAAUGAUGACAAUAAGGAGCGUAAUUCUGCGGAUAGUUCCGGAGGUGAUAGUUCUGGUGAUGAUGAUGAUGCUGCCAAUAAAGAGGAAAAUCAUGAUGAGCCCAAAUUCUAUUCAAGUCUGGUUCAGUAAAUUGUUUGAUUAAAACAAUACAAGUCCAGAUGAACGCCACUAAAAUUAAAAAAAUUUUCUAGACAUUUUUUCGUGAAUCAGCGAUACUGAACUGUUGCGAAAUAUCAUUGAUUGAUAUAUCGAGAUUUAUGUACAAGAGUUGUUUAUUUAAGUGACACUGUUUGUAUAAAAGUCACUUGCCUAUACUGUUGAAAAUUAAUUUUGCAAAGAUUAAUUAAUUUUUAUCAAUUUAAUAUUUAAUUAAGUUUUCAA